AUGAAUGUCGCAUCAGCUCCGCAGCCGCCAAGUGCCGAGGACAUCACACCAGCUCCUCAGCCCGACCCAGCAGACGGCGUGUCGGCCAAGUCACUCAGCUUCACGGACAUUGGUCCGGUACAGGUUAAGCUGACGUGGGGCUUUGGGGACAUGGUCAUGCAUGCAAGGCAGCAAAGCUCGGGGGGAAAAGGCAACCGCCUCUGGGUUAGGGGGCAAGACUCAGAACAUUGGGGCGGGAGUCCUGGACCUCCGGAACUGGACAGAAAUAUGAGGAUAUCAUUCAGAAGACUACAAGAUAUCAAGCAGACAGAACUGGACAGAAAUAUGAGGAUAUCAUUCAGAAGACUACAAGAUAUCAAGCAGACAGCCACACAAUGUGUUUGUCUCCUGCUUGUCUUUCUGCUUUUUUGUUUCGGAGGAAUAUUCUACACUCACUACAAACCAAAUACACGCUGGCUAUCGUGCCCUAAAUGUUCUCUCUGCACAGAUGAAUGCAUCGCUACAUUUAAGGAAAACUUUACUCAGGAUGCAAACAACACCAGCACUUUGGUAAAGCAGCAGUUACCGAUCACUACACCAGCUUCCACGGAAGAAAAUGAAAAUCGUGACUUUGACACUCUCAUGUUAAUCUGGACGUGGCCGUUUGGAUUUACGUUUGAAGCAGAGUCCUGUAGUUCACAGUUUGGUAUUAAAGGAUGUCAAUUUACAACUGACAGAAGCCAGUAUGACAAAGCCCAUGGUGUCGUGUUUCAUCACAGAGACAUCGGUGGUGAUCUCGCAAACCUGCAAACCACUUCACGACCUUCACAUCAGAAGUGGGUGUGGAUUAACAUGGAGUCUCCUGAUAAUUCACCAAGAUGGUCUGGGAUAGAUGGUUUGUUUAACCUGACGUCAACCUAUCUGAGAGAUUCAGAUGUCUGGGUGCCUUACGGGAGAAUCGUAAAAGCAUCAGAGGAAAACAAAACCUUUGAAAUACCACCGAAGGACAAGUUAGUGUGCUGGAUCGUCAGUAACUGGAAUCCCAACUUUAGGAGAGUGAAAUAUUAUAAUGAACUGAGCAAACACAUUAAAGUAGAGGUUUACGGUAGCGCCUUUAACAGGUAUCUGAAUGACGCCGACUACAAUGCCACCAUGUCCAGCUGUAAAUUCUACUUAUCGUUCGAGAGCUCCAGCCAUAAAGACUACUUCACAGAGAAGCUGUUUAACGCCAUGAAACUCAACGUGGUUCCUGUGGUUCUCGGCCCGUCCAGGGAGAACUAUGAGGAGUUCAUUCCACCAGAUUCAUUCAUUCAUGUUGAUGAUUUUGAAUCUCCUGAGAAAUUAGCAGAACAUCUCACAUUUCUGGACCAAAACCAGGAGAAGUAUGAGCAGUACUUCAACUGGAGAAAACUUUUCUUUGCUGAAAGUACCUUUUUUGGUCUAGAACAUGCUUGUAGAAGCUGUGAUCAUAUAAGAAAACACGACAACUACAGAGUGUUUAAAAGUAUCACUAAAUGGUAUUGGGAUUAGAUUGCAUUUGAUUUUACAAGCAAACACACAUGCGUAGGCUGUAGCACUGGCAAAUGUUUUAAUACUGAACCAUGCC